AUGGCAGUUAUUAUGGGUAAGUUAUCAGAUUUAUACAUUUUUAGUUAACAAAAGGCAUCAUUUCAAUAAAAAUAAUUUAUCUUAUAUUAUUUAUUUAUUACAGCAAAGACAUUUUCUUUAAUAAAAUAUUUUUGAUUCUUGUAAAUGGUUUAUGUAAUGAUACUUCAUUUUCAAUAACUUUUGAAAACCAUUUUAUCUGCCAUGCUUGUUCGAGCAUUACAAAAUGCAAUGAAAUAUCAGAAUCUAUUGUAGUCCCAAGGAAUAACUGCAAUUCGAUACAAGAUACUUUAGAAAAUCUUAGAGAGCCAAAAAUUUUCUAUGGCGAUAAUAAAUUAUAUUGUGAAAGGUGCGAUCAACCUAGAGAUAUUACUAUUGAGACUGAGGGUAUUGAUUGGCCAUCUACAAUUUCCUUUUAUUUCCCAUCUCAUAAUAAUAGAAGAAUAGAGAUUAAUGAAGAAUUAAAUAUUGAAGGGAUUAUAGCUAUUUUAUUCAAUAAGAUUACUUUUAUUUGGCUGUAUGUCUUUUCCUCCACGACAUUUUCUCUUUCUAACUCUCCAUCUGCGACAUUUGGCUAA